AUGUCAACACCGACAGCACCUGAGUUCAAUUCUUCCGAGCCACGCGGUGGUGAUCCUUUGGUAGUCGAUGUUAACGCACAAUAUGCUGGCCUGGAGUUCCACUACGUCUACCUCAUCUUCUGCGCCUUCAUCGUCUGGCUGAUCAUUCCCGGUAUCGGUCUCCUGUAUGGCGGUCUUGCCCGGCGAAAGAGCAGUCUGAGCUUGCUCUUCCAAAGCUUGAUGGUGGCAGCCGUCACAACUUUCCAGUGGAUGUUCUGGGGUUACUCUUUGGCCUACUCACGAACAGCGAAUGCCUUCAUCGGCGACCUGUCCAACUCUGGUCUCAUGAAGGUUCGCGCGGCACCUUCGCCUGGCUCAGCUUACAUCCCGGAGAUCGUGUUCUGUCUGUAUCAGCUACUGUUCUGCGCAUGCACAGUGCAGAUUGUCAUUGGCGGAUCAUUCGAACGUGGUCGCAUCCUGCCAUCUUUGAUCUUCAGCUUCUUCUGGGCGACCAUAGUCUACUGUCCGAUCGCCUGCUGGACCUGGAACUCGAACGGAUGGCUAUACAACCUCCCAUCGCUCGACUUUGCUGGCGGAGGUCCAGUACACAUCGCAUCGGGGUGGGCGGGUCUGGCAUACGCUUUCGUGCUGGGAAAGAGAAAGCAUGCCGGUGAGACGAGCCACAAGAAGCCACACAAUACCACCUUGGUCUUCCUCGGUACCGUUCUGAUCUGGUUCGGAUGGUUCGGUUUUAAUGGCGGAUCCGCGUUGAAUGCCACGAUGCGCUCGAUGUACGCCGCCUUCAACACCAAUGUGGCCGGAUCGACAGGCGUGCUAGGCUGGGUGACGGUAGACUACAUCCGCACCGGCGGCAAGUUUAGUGUCGUUGGCGCGUGUGAAGGUGCCAUAGCUGGUCUGGUGGGCAUCACUCCAGCAGCGGGUUAUGUUUCAUUCUGGUUGGCGGCGGUCAUCGGCUUCGUUACGGCGGCAAUCUGUGCGAGCCUCCAGAAGCUGAACGACUGGCUGAACAUCGACGAAGGACUUGAGGUGUUCAAGCUUCAUGGUGUGGGCGGCAUGGUGGGCUCCUUCCUCACCGGCAUCUUCGCGGAUCAGACCAUCUCAGCUCUGGAUGGUGGCACGCUGGCACCUGGUGGCAUCAACGGCAACGGCGUCCAAGUUGGAAAGCAGUUCGCGGAGAUCACCGCGAUCGGCUCAUACAGCUUCGUGGUCACCUGCAUAUUGCUUUUGAUCCUGAAGUAUAUUCCCGGCAUGCACCUGAGAGUCAGUGAAGAGGCGGAAAUGCGCGGACUCGACCUCGACCAAUUCUGCGAUGAGCAGAUCGGCGACUGGGAGUUCUUCGAGCAUCAGGAGGCCAAGAUCGUGACACAUGGCGUGCCACAGCAUCUGCCAUUGAGCAGCGCUGUGUCUCACGAACGCGAGGCGCCGAAACAUGACGCGCCCAAGAGCGAGAGACAAGACUGA